UUAAACAUGUUGCCAUUGAAAAGUAAGAAGAUAAGUCACCUCUGCAGAAGUAAGUACCAGACCCCGUCCAGAGGGUGGCGCUAGUUCACUAUUAAACUGUUCAACAACCUCCUGAGAAGAGAGAAGAGAAGACGUCUACGUGCUAGAAAAGUGUUUCCGAGGCUAAUGCAGAAAAGUAAGACUCCUCUCGGUUGUGUUGUUGUUGCUGGUGAAUGUCAAAGAUUAACAACACAUAUUCUCAACUUCGUGCACAUUUUGCAUUAGAACCGCUUUGCCAACUUACAAGAAUAAACUUAUGUGUUGAUUAAAUGUUGUCACAUGUUUUGCAGUUUGACUGCGGUCUGAGAAAUAACGUCGCAGGAUGGGAACAGCAUUGCUAUAUGAUGAGGAGAUGACCAAAUACAAAUUGCUCUGGGUUGACCCCGUAUGUAAUAUUGAGGUACCUGAGCGCCUGACGGUGAGCCAUGACGCUUUGGUUAAGACCGGCCUGGCUGAUCGAUGCGUCGCCGUACCUGUGCGCGAGGCGACCGACGCAGACAUCCUGCUGGUUCACAGUGAGGAGUACUUGGAGGCAGUAAAGACGACCCCCUAUAUGACUCUGGAGGAGCUGAAGGACUUCACCCUGCAGUACGGUGACGUCUACUUCCACCCAAACAUCUAUCACUGUGCCAAGCUGGCUGCAGGCGCCACACUGCAACUGGUGGACAGUGUUAUGACGGGGAAGGUUAGGAACGGCAUGGCUCUGGUCAGACCACCAGGACACCACAGUAUGCGCAGUGCUGCCUGUGGGUUCUGUGUGUUCAACAAUGUGGCCAUAGCAGCGCGAUAUGCCAAGCAAAAAUAUGGACUUAAAAGGGUGUUGAUCGUCGACUGGGACGUACAUCAUGGUCAAGGGGUGCAGUACUGUUUUGAAGAUGAUCCAAGCGUGCUGUAUUUCUCGUGGCACCGCUACGAGCAUCAGAAAUUCUGGCCUCAACUCAGAGACUCGGACUACGACUCUGUUGGCAAAGAGAAAGGGGCAGGAUUCAAUAUCAACGUACCAUGGAACAAAGUGGGAAUGAAGAACUGUGACUAUCUUUCGGUCUUCUGCCACGUCCUUCUGCCAAUCGCAUACGAGUUUAGCCCAGAGCUGGUACUAGUGUGUGCAGGCUUUGACGCAGCCAUCGGUGACCCAGAGGGUGAAAUGCGUGCCACCCCCGACGUCUUUGCCCACCUCACUCACCUCCUGAUGAACCUUGCAGGAGGGAAAGUGUGUGCCGUGCUGGAGGGAGGAUACAACUUGACUUCCCUCCACCAGUCGGUGUGUCAGACAGUUCAGACUUUGCUCGGAGACCCGGCGCCGCGACCUGCGAACCUCGAUGGUCCCUGUACGAGUGCACUCGAGUCCCUUCACUGUGUCCGAGCAGCUCACAGGCAGUACUGGUCCUGCCUUAAACAUGCAGCGGAGCUGCCCACCUCUAAUAUCAGCACAAAGUGCAUUAAAGUAACCGAAGGAGAAGAAGAAAAGCAGGAGACGGGAGAAGAGGAGAAAAGUGCAGAGGAAGAGACGUGGCCAGAGCCUCCGAAGCGCUUCCCUCCUCCAGUGAGCACAGCUGUCGUCCUCCCUGAAGGCGUGGCUUGCCCGGACGGAUGUAAACGCUUCAGCUCAUCAGAGGACCCGGCCAUAGUCGACAAACUCAGGGAGAAGUUCCUCCCAGAGUCCGAUGACAGCGAUGCUCUCACCACCCUCUGCAGUCUCACGGGCCUCGUAGAGGAAAUGGAGAAGAAUGAGAUCCGCAAUGGCUUGGCGCUGGUCCGUGACGUCUCCAUGGCGAUGAUGUGUGUUGUCCAGCAUGCUGCGACUGCUCAUCACGACCGGGUUCUGAUCGUGUGUGUUGGAGACGCGGUGGUCCCGAGUCAAGGCACAGACGAUGGGAAAACACUCCUGGUGCAGUUCAGCAACAAGGAGUCGGAGGAACAGAAAGGCAAAUUUCACAUUCAUGUGUGUCUGAAGAAGGGCUGCAGCGACGUGUCCGGGUUCACACAAGCUGUGUUGGGCCUCCUUCUGCCUCUGGGAUACGAGUACGACCCCAGCCUGGUUCUGCUGGUUCGGACGCCGGGUAGCGGGCUGAGUGACGGUGCGUGGCAACAGCUAACCGGGCUGCUGCAGGGCCUCGCACAAGGACACACACUGGUGCUCAUGCCGGAAGGUGAGAAGGCAUGUGUCGGCCCCACGGCCUCCUCUCUCCUCGGGGUCGCCGCCCCCCCUCUGGGGAAGCUUCACGCUCCUCUUCCGGAGGACGUGGCGGCGCUGGAGAGACUGAGACUCGGGCUGCAGGCGGACUGGAAGCUACUGCACACUACAGCACCAGAGACUGGAGGAGGAGGCGAGGAGCACUGAAGCUGAUCCUGCUUCUUUUUUGUUCAGCAAUGAGUUGAACCACGUAAAUCAAACAUCUUGAUAAAACUUUAUUUGAUUUUUCAUGUCAAAAAAAGCAUUUGCGCUGUGAAUUUUGACAAAAUACUGUACAUGUCAAGACACAUGUUUGGAAUGAAUCAAAAAUCUUGUGAACCCCACGAUUGAUUGUCAAAUAGAUUUACAGAGUUUUUGAUGAAUGAAUUAAAAAAAGCUAAUCAAUCUACGUUACCCCAAAUCUUUUUAUAAAUUUUUAUAUUUUCUCAUUUGUUUGUUGUUUACUGUUGGCUAAUUUGUGAUUGUAAAUAAUUUAGUAGGCUUAGGAAACUUUUUUAUUAUUUUAGCUUAAAAUGUUUAUACAUGAAUAUUAAAUAGUAAAUCUGAAAUAACUUUUGUGUUGAUCUUGUUACAAUGAAAUGUCUUGAUAUGUAAUAAAAUCUGCAACAUGAUAUAAAUGUUUUCAUUCAACCAGGUUUUAGUAUGUUUGCAAAAUGAAAUGAUUUUGGGUCGAUGUUCAGUCUUUGAGAACAGAAGAGAAUCUAGUAAGUACAUUUACUUAAGUACUGGACUUUAGUCCUGGACUUGAGUACUGGACUUGAGGUUUGUACGUAACUUAAUAUUUCCAUUUCCUAUCACUUUGUCUUUCUACUCCACUACAUUUCAGAGGGAACCCUACAUGCAUUUCACAGUUAAAGCUACUAAUCAUUAAUGUUAAUGUUUUACAAACAAAACAUCUGAUCUGUUUAUAAAUGUAAAUGCACUGCAAAUAAAAAGACAAUAAACUGCUCAACCAACAA